GGACUCUAUAUAUAGGCUUCAGUACUGCGAUUCAGAAGCUUCAUUCCUAGUCCUAACAGGGUAGGGAGUGUGAAGAGUUGAAAGCAGAAUAAUGAAGCUUGGUUUCUUUGUGGUCUUUCUGGUUCUCUAUAUGAUACUAGAACGUGGGAUCUUGUUAUUACCCCAAGUAGAAGCUGAUGAUCAUGAUGAUGGCUUUGUGAAAGUAAGAGGGGUGCAGCUUAUGCUGAAUGGGAGCCCCUACUAUGCUAACGGUUACAAUGCAUAUUGGUUGAUGUAUAUGGCCUCUGAUCCAUCUCAGAGAAACAAAGUGUCUUCUGUGUUUCAAAAGGGUACAAACCAUGGACUUAACAUAGCCAGAACAUGGGCUUUCAGUGAUGGUGGAUACAAGCCCCUACAAUACUCUCCUGGAUUCUACAAUGAAGACUUGUUCCUGGGGCUGGACUUUGUAAUAUCAGAAGCCAGGAGAUAUGGGACCAAGCUUGUGUUGAGUUUGGUGAAUAACUAUGAUAACUUUGGAGGAAAGAAACAAUAUGUGGACUGGGCAAGAAGUGAGGGCCAGACCAUAGAUUCUGAAGAUGAUUUCUUCACUAACCCUAUAGUGAAGGGAUACUACAAAAAUCACGUCAAGAGUGUACUUACAAGACGUAAUAACUUCACGGGGAUCGUUUACAAAGAUGAUCCAACUAUAAUGGCUUGGGAACUCAUGAAUGAAAUUAGAUGCCCUUCAGAUCAAUCAGGAAACACGGUUCAGGCUUGGAUUACUGAGAUGGCAUCUUAUUUGAAAUCCAUAGAUGGAAACCAUUUGCUAGAAGCUGGUCUGGAGGGCUUCUAUGGGCUGUCCAAACAAGAGUCUAAUCCCAGCUUCCACGUAGGAACAGAUUUCAUUACAAACAACCAAAUCCCUGGCAUUGACUUUGCCACAGUUCAUUCAUACCCUGAUCAAUGGCUUCCAGGUUCAAGUAAUGAAGACCAAAUCUUAUUUUUGGUUCGUUGGCUCAAUGAUCACAUACAAGAUUCACAGAACAUUCAGAAGCCAGUUCUGUUUGCGGAGUUUGGAGUAGCAACAAAAAAUAUCAGUACUGAAGACUCAACAUUAAGGGACCAAUUUUUCAACUUGGUCUAUUCUGCAAUCUAUUCAUCAGCAAGUGAUAGCGGGGCAGCUGUUGGUGGCUUGUUUUGGCAACUUCUAGCUGAAGGAAUGGAUUCUUUUCGAGAUGGUUAUGAAGUGCCAUUAGAUGAGAGUUGCUCCACUGCUACUUUGAUUGCUCAAGAGUCUCAAAAGCUAAACAGAAUCCGGAUGAAGAUGUUUCCCAGAGUGAAAAAUUCUAAGAAGUGGAACAAAGCAAGGGAUGUUAGAAUCCCACGAUGGCAGGGUGGUGGUGCUAAUUAAUCAAACUAUGAAAGAAAAAACUUAGACAAGUCUUGAAGACUUUGUAACAUUAUUUGUGAAUGGAGAUAUCUUCCGAAUGUGGUUACCCACCAUAAGAUGAGUUAUAGUAUUCCAAAAGAGGACAGAAGAAUAGUACACGUCCAUAGCCUUGUAUUACGUUGUCUUAUUAAUGAAAUGCCCUUUAAUGUUAGACAUUA